GUUCAUAUGGCAAAUCUGGCGCGAGCAUGCCAUAUUUUGAUCUGAACUUAGUGGAUAUUAUGGUUUAACUUAAAUAUUACGAAAAGGCAAACAAAUCUGGCAGGUUCUUUCUGUAGAAUAGUGAGGUUUGCAUAUUUUGCUGGAGGUAGGCAAAAAUCGUUUUACCAGUUAACUGACAAUCGGAGCAUGAGUAAAUACAAGGUGCGUUUUUGUAAUCUGGUAUGUCCAAACAACACACAUGACCCGAUCCCCUUGCCUCAUGGCGAGGCAGUGGCUAUCGGGCGUAGUCCAUUGACCCGUAUCAUGGACCCGAGAUGUUCCAGGAACCAGUUGGAAGUAACAGCAGACUGGAAGACAGAGGUUGUCACAGUGAAGCAGAAUGGCAACAACUCAUCAGCGUUAGAUGGUAUAGAACUGGAGAAGGGGAGACAAUGCAAACUAGAAGAAGGAGCAACAAUUUAUGUGUUAGCUGGUCAGUAUCCACAGAAAGUAGAAUUUGUGAAGGAAAAAGUACAAAAUUCCAAUGGAACAUCAGAAAAAUCAAGAAGUAAAACAAACACAAAGAAACGACCUGCUUCUGAUAAUGUACAUAAUACGAAGAACAACAAAAAACCCAGACUGUCAAAUUCAUCAACUGUUAAAGCAAAGUCAAGUAGUGAAGAGGAAGAACAUGUGAAAUCUGUUGAAGAGAAACUAAAAAUGAUGAAGCAAUCUCCGAAAAAACAUCAAGAAAAAAAGUCAUCAAAUUCUAAACAUUCAAGUUCAAAUGCAAAUCAAACUCCUUCUACUUCCAAGUCUUCAUCACCAGGAAAUUCUAAAUGUAGUGAUGACGAACCAGUGAAAAGGGGAGUUAACUCUUUAGGUCCGCCAAGACAGGACAGCAAGUGGGAAUACCACGAUAAACUAUACGUUUACACUGGGAAGGGUGUACGGGCUAGUUCAAAGAUAGCAGGGUUUGACAUUGAUGGGACCAUCAUCACAACAAAAUCUGGACGAGUCUUUCCAAAGGACAACAGUGAUUGGAAAAUUCUUUACCCUGAAAUUCCUGGCAAGUUGAAGAAACUCCAUGAACAGGGCUACAAAAUUGUCUUCUUCACUAAUCAGAAAGGUGUUGAGAAAGGGAAAACUUUGAUAGAAGAUCUACAGCAUAAGUUCACAGCAUUGCUAAAACUGAUGGGUGUCAGUGCUCAGAUUCUGAUAUCCACGGGAGAAGGUGUGUACAGGAAGCCCUGUCUGGGCAUGCUCGAGUUCCUUCGGGACCGGGGAAAUGAGGAUAUAAUGGUGAGCAUAACAGACAGUUUCUACGUAGGAGAUGCAGCUGGCCGUCCGGCCAAGUGGGCCCCGGGUAAAAAGAAGGAUUUCUCUUGUAGUGAUAGAAUGUUUGCGAUGAAUGCUGGACUGAAGUUCUACACUCCGGAGGAGUACUUUCUCAGUCAACCCAAGGCCAAAUACGAAAUGCCUGAUUUUGACCCGAGGAAGGUUGACAGUGGCAGUUGUCUUACAGAACCCGCUAAUGCUAAAGUUGUCUCCCCUUCUCCAGAGAUGGUGAUACUUGUCGGAUUCCCAGCAUCUGGAAAGUCCUUUUUCUCCACCACUCGCUUGGUACCAAAAGGUUACAUUCAAAUUAACAGGGACACCCUUGGGACAUGGCAGAAAUGUGUAACUAUGUGUACCAAGUCGCUAAAAGAGGGCAAAAGUGUUGUCAUUGACAACACCAACACUACGAAGGAACAGAGAGAGAGGUAUAUCCCAUUAGCCAAGAAAGCUGGUAUACCUUGUAGAUGUUUUGUGUUCACUGCUUCGCUGUACCAGUGUCGCCACAACGAAAGGUAUCGGGAGAUGGUGGAUAAAACCCACAAAGCCAUCAGUGAGAUCACUAUGAACAGUAUGAGGUCAAAGUACGAAGCACCCAACACCAGUGAAGGCUUCAGUGAAAUUGUGAAAAUCAACUUUGUGCCUAAUUUUGAAAACCCCCGACAUGAACGAUGGUACAAGAUGUUCCUUGUGGAAAAAUAGGACUGUCCUGUGAUGGAGCCAGAGAAAUGACUAAGCUAGGGGCUAUUCCAGUAAAAUAUCCUGUGGAAGGACUCCAGAAAAUGAUUUUCAAAAAUAUAUGCAUGGUGGGUGUCGUCGGAGAUGUGUCUUAGUAUAUGGUACUGUUUUGAAUAAAUCAGUUAUAUUUGUGGUCUUGUUUGAUAAACCUGGAAUCCUCUAGUUGUGUAGAUAUUUUACUGGAAUAACCUCAAUUUAUAACAAAGAUAAGCCCAUCCCUGAUUCAGUCUUGAAUAUGAGGAUUCGUCCUGAAUACUCCAUGGGUUACGUUCACCUUUCGCUCUAUACACCCUUGGAAACUGUAUGUCAUGGCAAAGUUGGAGGCUCAGUCACUGCCACCUUGUGAAUGGGAUAAAAUCUGUCUGAUACAUGUAUGUAGAAACUUGCUCUUUCCGUACAGAUAUGGUAUACCAGUAGAUUUAGGCUCAGUAUAACAUGUAGUAACACAACUUUAAUGGUGAUUGGGACAGAGAUUAAGGACUAUUUAUGCUUUAUAAAUAGACUAAACAUGUCUUUUACCUACAUCUCUUGGGUUUUUAAUGGGUAAAUUUAAAUUUGGAAAUUUCAGAAUUAUUUUUGUGUUUACAGAAUUUUAUCUAGAAGAAACAUGUUUUAAUUUCCAUCUAAUGUUAAAUGUUUUAAAAGGAAAAUUUGAUACCAAGAAAGAAAUACAUGUUGAUCACCGAUAGAAAGUUUUAUUUUAAACAUACUUGGUAGUGCUAAUAUGUAAUCACUUUGAUUUUAAUAUCAAUUGUAACUUUGAAAAUAACUUUAAUUUGAAUAUUAAUUGUUACUAUAAAAAUAGUGGAAAACUGAUAAAAGGAUAAAAGCAAGAAAGUCACUAAUCUUAUUUCACUUCUAAUAGGAUUUUGUACUUUAUCUCUGAAUUUAUGUGUCUAAGGAUGUCUUUGUUUGUUUGGGUUUUGUUGUUGUUGUUUUUUUAUGUUGUGUAUCUUUGUCCUCUUUGGUUUUUGAGUGUUUUAAAAUUUUAACUUCACAUGUGUCAAAGGUCAAUGUGAUGAUAGUGAUGUGUGGAGCUCAGAGGUUGUAUCUUAUUCUAAAUUCUGCCACCGAAUUAACUUAAACAUCAUUCUAUUUUGACCAACAAAGAAGUAUUUGGAUAGGCCUACUACCGCUUGGGAGCAUCCAGUUGACCCUAGAAUUGCAGCAAUUUCAGAAGUGGUCAAGACACAUGUCGAAUAGACAUGUCAUGUCAAACCUGGAGGUAAAUCUCAUUUUGGGGAGUCAAAUGCAUAUUCUUAAGGGUCUGCUGGCUGUCCUGUCACUUAAUAAAACCAUAAGAUAUUCAGGUGGCAGUUUGACCAGUUCUGGUACUUCAUUGCUUCUACCAAAUCAUUUAAAAACUUGAAAUAAGUCACAAAUGCUCCACAUCAAUAGGAAAUCUUUGAUUGCCGUCAUGGUCUGAAUUAAGUACUUGAAAAUGUGCACGUUUUCUAUCAGAUAAUAUAAGAAUCAAGAAAGUAAUACAGACCCUUAUAGACCUUCUGUUUUAGUUCAGGGGCAGCAUCAUAAAACAAAAUGAUUUCUUAAUAGAAAUAGACAAGUUUGAUGCAUAUUUUAGAUUUGGGUUGUGACAUUGUGUUUUUAAUGUGACAUUUUUUCAGUACACUAAAAAUAUUCGCACGUGCAUGCUAUUGUUGGAAUGUCCGUCUUUUCUGUGACUGGGUAUCAUUGUUUUUAUAGCAAAAAUCUUCUUUUUUUUUUUUUUUAUUUUUAUGAUCAUUACUAUUUAUAUUUAUAAAAAGAAAUGCUGUUAGGGCUAUUUUAGUAAAUUAUAUAUCCAACAGAGGAAUCCAAAAAAAACGAAAUUCUAUGCAAGGUGGAUGAUGGAGAAAAUACAGCCAAUUAUAUAGUUCAAUUUUGAGUGGUCCCUGUUUGGCAAACCUGAAGUCCUGUUGUUUAGAUAUUCUACUGGAAUAGGGGUUUCAAUUGUCAUAUGUGUGAGGGAAUAAAAAAUAUAUGCACUUUAAAUUGAUUUCGUUAUUUUUUAUUUGAAAUUGAAAUUAAAAUUUUAACAACAUUCAUAGAUAUGUCAUAUUGUCUUGGGUUUCAUAUUAAACAUAUAUAACAAUUGUAGAGUGAUUUAAAGCUGCAUGUUAAAAUCUUAAGUUUUAUAACAUACACGUUUAUAAUAAAACCAGGGUGAAUUCAUCACA